AUGAGGGAAAUCAUCGAAAACAAAGCAAGGCCCAUCAUUGACAAGCCUAGUAAAUUGGAUGCACUCAAGAAGACAUUACUCUCGGUGAAGAAGCUCCCCUUAGGUGUCACUACUACUGCUGAAAAGAUCUGUCAAUGUGCCAAAGAUGAGUUAAAAAAUUAUCUUGAACACCAUGAUACUAAGCAAAACUUUCAGUACUUUCAAGAGUACGUCAAGGAUCAUUUCGAUGCUAUUGUAGUAUCUUUACAGCCUCAGGCCUCUACGUCUACAUCCACUGGUGAAAGUGCAUCCAUCCCAGCUACACCGGUUAUUGCUCCUGCUGACUCUGUAGCGUUCCUUUGCCGCGACCUCUCUGGCAUGGACAUGGCAUCCGACAUGUCUUCUGUGUCUGGCGCCCCUUCACAUGCAGCAAUGUCUUCAAUCUCGCAUAAUCCCUCUGAUAUAUCCAUGGCUGAAGCUCCCCCAGACAAUGUAGAAUACCGCACUUGUACCGUGUCUUUCAAGAGCCUUUUACGAAAGGGCGUGCCUUCCGACCUCGUCGAGUCAUUUUUGGAGAAGCUAAAUACUGCAUUGCAUGAUGUAUCUGACUAUGUUAUGAACUUGCAAUUGGUGGUAUAUACAUUGAUGCUCCCAAUGAAGUCCUCGCAGCUCUUAGCAUGUAGUGGUAAUAGAUUCUCUCCUCUCACCCAUCUCGGUGCUGAUGAAGGCAAUUUGACUGAUAGUACUGGUACUACUGCUGGUAACGAUGGCAAUGGUGUUGACCAAUUUAUUACGAACGAUGCUAGUGAUAAGGAUGAAGUUCGUGAUGGCAGUGUUAGAUGCGAUGGAGAUCUCAAUGGUGAUGAUGGCGACGCCGGUGCUACUGCCAAUGAUCGUGAUCGGACAACAACAUUUGAGCCUCUGCCAGAGUCAUACAAGAUGCGUGCUGAAGGUGUCGACUUUGGUUCUGGCCAAUUUAUGAGGCAAAAGAUCACUUUGAAAGACAAGAAAACAACAGAAGAAGGAAAGAAGGUUCAAGAGAUUGAGCAGCAAUUGCCGAGAUCCAGUGUGUUCAGAGCCAAAGAGGUAGAGGAUGUCAUGUCAAAUCUUGAUGCACACAGAAGCAACGGCCAAGCAUUGCGAGCGUUCUAUCACUCAAAGUAG